AUGAAUCGCAUCGCGGCCAACGGCCACAAUUGGCCAUGGCAUUAGAAAAAGUCCGGUUGCUGCUCCUCCUGCUCCUCGGACUGAGCCGCGGUGUGAUCGCCUACAGCGGGGACGAGCUGCUCACCUGGCUGCAGCACAGCAAUCUUGGCUAUCAGGUGCUGCAGCAGGCGCCCAACACCAGCAGCCAGCAGCCGGCGGAGCUGCUCUGCGCCGGCCAGGUGGCCCUCCUGCUCCAGGCGGCGGAUGCGCACGUCCUGCCCGCGCUGCAAGUGCUGGAUGCGUGGGGCAAGCUGCCGCAUGGCCUGCUCUAUGGCCACUUUAGCGAUCUGGGCAACUACGAGUCCUGUCUGGGUCUCAGUCUGGCCAUGCCCACUGCUGCUGCUGCUGUAAUUGAGACCAAAUACUGCCUGGCGCACAUACAGUUCGAGGGUCUGUUGCCGCAGACUCUGGACAGGAUCAACAUCAAUAUAGGCGCCUGUGUGCCGGCCACCUGCAGCGCCGCACAACUAAAUCGCUGGCUAAACAACUAUCUUCGGUUGCUCUUCGAGGAUGCAGUUGCUCCGGAGGCCCAGCUGGUCCAGGAGGCCAACUGCGCCCUCGCCGCCAGGCAGCCCCUGGCCCCGCUCGACUGGUUUGCCGUAGGUCUGCUCAUCUUUCUGGCCGUGCUGGUGAUUCUGUGCACCCUCUUGGACUACAUCAACGCUCCGCAGCAAAUGUUGGGCGUCUUUUCGCUGCGCCAGAAUCUGCGGCAAUUGUUUCAAAUUUCCAGGACGACAACGACGAUACCCUGCCUGCACGGCAUACGCUGUCUGACCAUCAUUUGGAUCAUCUAUGGCCAUGAUUAUAUGUUCAUGCUGCUGGCGCCCAACGUGAACACAUACGAGGUGGUCGCCUGGGCCCAGACACCCUACUCGAUGCUCCUCCAGAGCGGCAGCAUAUCGGUCGACACCUUCUUUCUGCUCAGCGGCAUGCUGCUCGUGAUGGCCACCCUGCGCGAACUGGAUCGCCUCUUGUUUGUUUGCUUUGACAGUCAAUCGGGACGCCUCAAUGUGCCGCUAAUGUAUCUGCAUCGGAUUGUGCGCCUGACGCCCGUCCUGGCCGUGGCUGUGCUCCUCUUCAUGACCCUCUAUCCCCGCCUCGAUAGCGGCCCCCUCUGGCAGCAGUUCACCAGCUCCUAUCAAUUGUGCACCGACACCUGGUGGGCCACGCUCCUCUACGUCCAGAACUAUGCCGCAGCCGGACGCAUGUGCCUGGGCCACUCCUGGUACUUGGCCGUGGACAUGCAGCUGUUUCUGUUGUCGCCGCUGCUGCUGUGGCCCCUCUGGCGCUGGCGUCGUCGGGCCGCUGCCGGGAUUGUGGUGCUGGUGGUGCUGCUCUUUGGCUGCGUCUUCUGCAUCAUAAUGCUGAACGAGCUGAGCGUGUUCCAGCGUGACGGGAAUCUUGGCGGCGACAGCGUGGAUAUGCGCAUGAUCUAUUAUACGACUCACGCCCGUGCCACGCCCUGGCUAAUUGGCCUGCUCUUUGGCUAUUUUCUGCACGGCGAGCGGGGCAAGCGGCGUCGCCUCGCCGGCUGGCUGAUGCAGCUGCUCUGGCUGCUGGCGCUGCUGCUGCUCGUCGCCGUCAUCUGGAGCGUCUAUCCGUAUACCCAGCCGGGCGUCGCCCCGAUGACGCCGCUGGCGGGCGCCUUCUAUCUGUGCUGCAGCCGCAUUGCCUGGCCCCUGGCCCUCUGCUGGCUGAUAUGGGCGUGCCAGAGUGGGCGCGGCGGCGUGGUCAAUACGCUGCUCAGCUGGUGCCUCUGGCAGCCGAUCUCGAAGCUCUCCUAUUGCCUCUACAUCUGGCAUCUGCUCGUCGAGAUGCUCAACACGGGCCGGCUCAAGAGUAGCCAGCAUUUCUCCAACUAUGAUGCGGUGCUGCACUUCUGGUCGGACUUUGGCAUCACGCUCCUCGUCUCGCUGGCCAUGUAUGUCUGCGUGGAGGCGCCGCUUGUGCGUCUCGAGCUUCAUUUGCUGCGACGACCGCGACAAGCAGCUGCCCAUCCGGCCACGCCCACUGUUUCCAUGGCCGUUAUCAUGACGCCCUCGAGCGUGUCACAGCAAAAUCUAGUCGAAGCCUAAACGCAAGUAUUCCAAUUAUAUGCCAACGAUAGCACCCGAAA